GUGAGGCUCCGCUGCCGGACGUGUUUGCGGCGGUACCGGCUUGUCUGUGGUGCUUGUCCUUAGACCAUGCCUUAGCCUCCAAGGCUCCCGAUUCCCUUUGAAGUCAGAACACCGCGUAAAGCUGGCAAACCUGAAAAUAAUCUCUCCCAGCAACUGCCUUGUAAUAAUUGGUCUGGAGACUUCCGCCAGCUGAGGGAUGGAGGUGCCUCUGCAGUCGGGUUUGCAAUUCAGGAGGAUUUUCUCUCAGCACGGGUGGAUGAAGGGUAUAACUGCUACCGAAGGAGGAUUUUAAAGGAGGUUUGAUGACAACAAAAGCAAACUUUCCUGUGACAGCAGGAUCUAUAGUUGUCCCUUACGGGCAUGUGGUCGGAAAUGAGAAGUGGAGAGGGUCAGAGUUAGCCCAAAGGCUACAAGGAAAAGUUAGACUCACGUUUGAAGAUGGCUUAGGACUGGUGGACUUUCAUCUUUCAAACAGAACUUGCAUUUUACUAGUUUCUGAAGCAGAUUUGGUUGCAGGGGAUGAAUUCAAACGAAGAUUGGUUAAAUUUAGAAAUGGCAGCAGUCUUAAAGGAAUUGUAAUUGUAGAGAAAACCCAAAUCAGUGAUCAGUACUACUCAGGAGUACAAAAACUUGUUGUACUCGAACUUGGAAUGGUGUUGCUUCCUGUGGCAAAUCAAGGAGAAGCUUCUCAGCUCAUUAUUCAACUAGUGCGGGAGCAGAGCCGGGAUGGCCGUGCCAACCCUUUCUGUGGCAGGCAGCGCUGGCAGCUGGCAGAGCCCGCCGUGCUGCAGGCAGUGCAGCACAUCCCCGGCGUCGGCAAAACAAAGGCGCUGCUUUUACUGCAGCGCUUCGGGAGCAUCCACCGCCUGUGUAACACACCCGUCCAGGAGCUGGAGCAAGUCGUCGGACAGACAGUAGCACAACAGAUUUAUACUUUUUUACACUCCUGACAGGCAUGUGCAGUGGUAUUUUGCUUAGGUUUUUUCUUCUGAAUGAUAAAAUUUUGGUU